AUGGCUUUCCAAGCUGAUGCUAAUUACUUUAGUUGUUCCGACUCUUUUGGAGCCGGUACUAGUGCUAUUUCCUUUGGCUGUUCCUACUCUAGGAAUGAAUCCUCCUAUAGUUUUGAAGCCAACCUAAAUCAGCUCAUCUUGUACCUCUCUACUAAUGCUCCUCCGAGACGGUUCGCCCUUGGUGUCGUAGGUGAAACACCGGACAAAGUGUACGGUCUCGCACUUUGCAGACGCGAUUACUCCGAGACCGAUUGUAAAACUUGUAUUCUUAAAACAGGCUGUUUCAUACGGAAGCGCUGCCCAGACUACGGUGCUGCAGUCAUCCGAUACGAUACUUGUCUUCUAAGGUUCUCGAACGUUCCAUUCCACGGCCGGUUUGAUAAUUUAUACGAGGUUUACGCAUCGAACUCGAAUAAGGUGAGUGAAUCCGAUUCAUUCGACGAGAAGACCAAGGGGCUGCUGCGCCAUUGUUGGCAGUUGUAA